AUGUGCCACAAAGUCUACUACCGCCACAAAAAAUGCGGCCACCACGGAAAGCUGAAAGUUUUCUGUCCUCUCGCCCCCCGCGACCCGACCACCCAAAAACCUCUGGGCAAAUUCUGCCGCAAGUCAAAGGAGGGGGGAAAGGUGUACAAGAAACGCGGGAAGAUUCAGAAUGUGGAUUGGAAGUGUCCGAAGGAGGAAUGUAGGGAUUAUGAGAGGUUGGGGAGGCAGGUUGUGCUGAGGCAGAGGUUUGAGUCAGUUAGGAGGAGGGGUGCGAGUUUGGGUCCGAGUUUGGGUCCCAGGGGGACGGAGGAAAGGGGCAAGGAAGAAAAGAGGGGCAGUAGAAGGUCGGUAUCAAUGUAUUGGAGGACUUGUGCGCAUCUGCCUUGUUCGAAGUGUACUUGGUUUGGGCGGACAAUUCCGGUUUAUGAUCAAGGGGCUGGGUGUUGGAGGCAGAAUGGCUCUGGCGAGGGGCUUAAAGACGUUGAUGUCGGUUCGAGCCAGACUCUGCCGGAGGAAUACCCCGAGGAUUCGAUGACCGACACUGAGUUUGAUCUGGACUUGUAUGACACCGAGGACGAGGAAACGACAGAUGCCGAGCUCCGGGCCAGCGUCAUCAGGGCGCAGAGGGGCAUCACCGGUAGAAGCCUUGUGGGGUACGAACCAGAAGAGGAUGCAGACAUGGAAUCGGAGCAAGAAGAGAAAACAUAUGUGGACUCUCAGGCGACAGUUUCCAACCCCGAGAUGGAGUUUGACUCUUGUGAGGAACAAGAGAACGAUGCAGUUGAGAAGGAGGGCGAGAAGCAGACAGGAGCAUCGAGUAGGGCCAAGUCUCCGAAGUCACGUACAGUGGAAGACCAACUGGAAACGGGAUAG